AAACCAACUAUAUCCUGGAGCAUGAAGGGUCGUCAGAUCAGUUUAAAUAUGUUUGGUUCAAAUCAAAACAAUGCUGUUCUUGGAGAAGCGAUACUUCUGGAGAAUAUAUCCCGAGAGCAUGCUGGUAGAUACGAGUGCUCUGCUAACAACGGAGUAGGAUCUGCUGCACUAGCGGAGAUCUCUCUAACUGUUCUUUACACCCCUGAGAUCCGAAUGGAGAGAAGGUUAAGUGCUGACCGAUAUCAGAUUGAACUGGAAAUAUUCUGCACAGUUCACGCCGAACCUAAACCAGUAGUCAGAUGGUACAAGGACUCUAUGCUGCUGGAUCCUGGAACCAAUAGGAUCAUGGAAUCAAACAACAAUAGGCAUAAGCUACAUGUACUGAGAAUGGGUGUGGCUGACCUAGGAAAUUACUCCUGUAUGGCGGAGAAUAGUUUAGGAAAAGAACGAGGAUUUUUGCAGAUUUCAGGGGAGCCGUUGACCCCUGUGAUAACCAGCCCUGAGAUGUCCUUCAAGAGUACAGAGUACACCUUGAGAUGGAAUACAGUUAGCUUACUUGUCAUAUCAGAGUACAGAGUACUAUUCAGACUACGCCAGGCUGGGUAUAGAGGGGAUGAACGUGAAUGGACAAAUAUAAUCCCAACUGUUGAUUCACCAUUGAACACUAACUAUUUUUAA